AUUGCUACACACGUGUUCAAGCACACUGAGCGUUUGAACGUUUGCAGAGGAUAUUUUUUUAUAUUGUUUUCGAUAUCAGAAAAUGCCAAGUCUCCUCGACACAAUCAGACAAAUUCGUUUUGCCAAAACUGCAACAGAAGAGCGUGAAAUUAUUGCUAGAGAAUGUGCUGAUAUUCGCACUUCCUUCAAAAAAGAAGAAACUAAAUCAAGGGUAAAGAAUAUCCUCAAACUCAUUUAUUUUCACAUUUUGGGCUAUCCUACCAAAUUUGCGCAAAUAGAAUGUCUCAAGCUCAUUGCUUCCACUAUCUAUGCCGAAAAACGCGUUGGAUAUUUGGCUCUAACGAUGAUGUCGGACGAGAAUCAAGAGGUUUUGAUGCUGGCUACCAAUUCAAUAAAAAAAGAUUUGAAUCAUAGCAGCCAGCACGUCGUUUCCUUGGCACUGACCGCGAUUGGCAAUAUUGCUUCUACUGAGAUAGCAAGAGACUGCUCAGAUGAUGUUGAAGUUCACUUGAGCAAUGCGAAUGCUUAUAUUCGUAAAAAGGCGAUUUUGGCUUCGUUGAGGAUUUUACGAAAGGCGCCAGAUUUGCUAGAUCAAUUCAUCCCCAGGAUUCCAAAGCUCCUUGAGGAUAGGAACCAUGGCGUCAUUCUUACUACCAUAGCUCUUAUCAACGAAAUGUGCAAAAUAGGUCAAAACUGCCAUAAAAACUUUGCCGUUCUUGUGCCUCAUUUUGUUGAGAUUCUGUCUGCCCUUUUGCAAUAUACCUAUUCGCUUGAAUACGAUAUUGGGGGAGUUUUCAAUCCAUUUUUGCAAGUCAAAAUUCUUCAACUCCUUCGUGUUUUGGGCAAAGGCAAUCGCGAGGCGAGUGAAAGAAUGUCUGCUAUACUGACUUCUAUUGCCUCGAACGCAGACGGCACCCACAAUGCGGGCAACUCUGUUCUAUAUGAAUGUGUCAAUACGAUUAUGGGAAUUGAAUCGGAUUCUGGCUUGAAGAUUUUGGCUAUCAAUACUCUCGUGAAAUUGCUAUUCAAGACGGAAAACAACAACCGAUAUGUCGUUUUGAACAUCUUUUGUUCGGCCAAUUAUCCUGAGUUGGGUGUCAUUCAGAGGUACAAGCAGGCUAUUUUUGCCUGCAUACAGGACGAAGAUGUUAGUAUUCGAAAGAGGGCGCUCGAACUAAGCUAUUCAUUGGUGAAUGAACAAAAUGUCGAGUCCUUGGUUCAGUUGUUGAUUGGCUUUUUGCAGAAGGUGGACAAACAAUUUUGUUGUGAAGUUGUAGCCAAGUUAUGCAUUAUCGUUGAGAAGUUUGCGCCUUCUGUGCUUUGGCAUUUUGACACCAUUCUAGAAAUUAUGAUGAAAACGGUCAACUGCGUUACAGAACAAACAUGCUUCACACUUAUCACGAUGAUUUCGAAGAACCCGGACCUGCAUAGCCAUGCAGUCCAUAGGCUGUUUGAAGCUUUAAAGAAUGACCAAUCUCAAAAACAUUUGACAGAGGUGGCUGUUUGGUGCAUUGGCGAGUUUGGCCAUUAUUUAGUUUCUCAGAACAGUCUGCAAAGUUCGAUAGAUGGCAAUACGAUGAAUUUUCUUUUUAAAGAUCCUACUUCUAUCGCUCCGAAGGAUGUUAUGGAUCUUCUUCAGCUCAUUUUGAAUUCUUCACCGUUUCUUGUCAAUAAGUACCUAGUACUGACGGCGCUGGCUAAGUUCGUCGUUCACGUUGGUGACCAAAGCGCGAUAGAUCAAGCCCGUAAAAUAUUUGCCUCGUGUCUGGGCCAUCUCGAUCUCGAUAUUCAACAACGUUCUGUAGAGUAUAAGUCAAUCUUGAACUAUCGCAAUCUCUGGAAAUCUGUAUUUGCCCCAAUCUCCUGCGAAAAAAUCAAAUCCAUCAUGGACUCUGAAUUUCCAAACUCAGCCCUUUUCAACUUGAAUACAUCAUCUCCCCAGCCUGAGCAAUCAACGAACAUCAUAGACGCUUUGAAUGUUUUGGACCAAGGCCCUUCAAAUAAGGGCUUAAAUCCGUUUGAUUCGAAGUCCACUUCAGGCACCAUAGACCUACUUUCUUUGUUUGCUCCACCGCCCGAGUCCAAACCUUAUCUUACAAAAGGCACUUCGAUGAUGGCUGCACCUGAACCCAGCCAUUAUUAUCAGUCAAGCCCAAAUUUAAGCGCCUCGAACAGCGCCAGCCCUAUAAAUCAGCCACCGACAUAUGCCCCCGUUCAUGUCUUCACCUCUCCUGAAAACUUAGAUUUGGUCCUGGAGAUUUCGAAACCCACUCCAAACGAUCUCCAAUAUACCCUCCUCACGGCAAUCUUCAAAAACUUUGGCUUUUAUCCCAUCACCGAUUUCGAUCUAAAGGUAGCCGUCCCAAAAUACCUGAGAUUACAAAUGCUGCAUGCCAGCAGCAAAAACUUAUUGCCCAACGGCACGGAUUCCAUCCAGCAGCAAAUUAAAAUAGUGAACACAAUGCACAACGAAAUGCCAAUUGUACUCAAACUUCGACUCGAGUACAAAAUAAAUGGUAAUCCUAUUGUGCAUAUUUGCGACGUCAACACGCUACCCCCUAACCUAUAAUCACUAUGUUAUCUGUAUCUCUCCGUCAAUGAACGAAGGAAGAAAAAGAGACUUUAACUUCUGGUCUGCUCUGAGCAAGCUUGCCAUGUGUACAAUAUAACCCUUGAUAGCACAGCACAUUACUGGGUGCUCUAUUUGUCCAUUACCCAUAUGUGUAGCAUAUCUAGGUUAGCUGGGGCGUCGUAAGGCGGACUCUGGCAAUAACCUUAUGAACAGUUUAGCUAUGAAAAAUGACCCCUCUAACACUUUUCUUUGACCUGUACUCCAUACUACUGAAUAUCUAUUUCCAAAUAGAUUUGUUUUUUUAUGCAAGCCGAAGUUUGUUGCACUUCGUUUUGCGGAAGGCGUUAUUUUUUCCCACG